AUGUUCGCUCCUUUUGAUGUGACAGACACGCAGUGGGUAGCGAUCAGCCCGUCCAUACUACACUGGAUUCGGCGAGCGGUUGCUCGGGAUUCGCCGAAUGCCGCAUGUACCGACACGCGGUGGGUAGGGCGAAUACCGAAUCAACCCGUCCACACCACACGGGAUUCGGCGAGCGGUUUGCUUGGAAUUCGCAGAAUGCCGCGUGUGGCGAAAACCGAAUGUUCGGCGCUCGGCGAAUCGGGGGCAACCCGUCCACACUACACGGGAUUCGGCGAGCGGUUUGCUUGGAAUUCGCAGAAUGCCGCAUGUGGCGAAUACCGAUUGUUCGGCGCUCGGCGAAUUGGGGGCAACCCGUCCACACUACACGGGAUUCGGCGAGCGGUUUGCUUGGAAUUCGCAAAAUGCCGCGUGUGUGGAGCCGCCUUGAUGUGUUCUAAAGACCGACACGCGGUGGGUAGGGCGAAAACCGAAUCAACCCGUCCACACCACACAGGAUUCGGGCAGCUCAAUGAACACUGGCGAAGACCUUGUCCUCGCUUUCGUCGCGAGCCGGCCGGCCGGCCGGCCGGCGCGGCGACGGCGGCGUGUGAGCGCGCGUGCGUGCGUGCGGCGGAGGCGUGGCGUGGCGUGGCCGAGCGGGCGGCGACAACGCACGCCCUGAACGCGCGCCAGCGCCCGCGCGGCGGAGCCAAACGGAGCGCAGCCAGCGAUGUGGCUCGGAGGGAGCGCGUGCUCCGCCGGGUGGCGGCCGCCGCAGCGACUCCCCGCCGUCGCCGCCGCCGCCGCGGUGCAACUACCGGCGCUGUUGCUGCUGACGGUGAUGCUCGCGGGCAAAGGUCAAACGGCGGAGUGGACGAGCCGAGCGUUUGUUCUGAGGAUGAGCAGCCCGGGCGCCGACCACUACUCUGCAGGAGGCCUGGGUUACUUCUUGGGAGAGCCAGAGCACCUAAUGUCGUAAAUCCAGGCCUGCUUCGAAAGGCGCGAGUGAAUCUGCUUGUGUUUGCUGGAGGCGUCUUCGCACGCCUUACUCAGCUGCUGCUCCGGAACGUUAAUCGCUUGCGCCUAGGCGAAGGGACAGGCGAGGACAGAGAUCAACUUACGUUUCGGUUGCACCUGACCGUGGAUUUUUAA